CUCUCGGUCUUGUCCCGCCCCCAAAGGCAGAGGCCUCGGGAAGUCUCCGCCCACGCCUUGGAAUGUAGCCGGCGAGAAUCUGUGACGUCACCGAGGAACUCCUCCUGUCUGAGCGCGGCUCGCUGACGGCUGUCGCCUACAGCGGACCAAUAGAAGACUUGGGUCCGGAAGUGAUGGACUGGAGGCUUGACUAAUGUGAAAGGGACGUCUGAAAGAGAAGCCAGCUGCCGUGCCAUGAACUGCAAUGUGAAUAGGCCAAUGUAGCAAGGAUGUGGCCAGCCAACAGCCAGUGAGGAUCUGAGGCCCUCAGACCAACAGCCCAUGAGCAACUGAAUUUUGCUAAUAACCAUGUAAGUGAACACAGAAGUGGAUCCUUCCCCAGGCGAGCCUUCAUAUGUCCACAGACCCAGUCAAGACUUUGACUGCAGCCUUGUGAGAUCCCCUAAGCCAGAGGACCCAGCUAAGCCACACUCAACUUCCUGACCUGUCAGAUCUUGGCGGUUCAACCUGGAAACUCGGUGUGCUGCAUGUGAAUACAGAUGCUGGGAAGCUUAGCCUGGGAUGCCAUCUCUCUGACCCCUAAUGCUUGGCUGAACUCUUCUGCUGUACUCUGUCUCUCCUCUGUAAAUCACAGCAUUGCAUCACCAUACGCUGGAGACUGGCCCUAGGACACCUUUUUAAAAAGAUUCCCUGUGGUGUUCAGAAUCACUCCUACAAUCAGAUUCUCCACAAUGGAUCUCAGUGCUGCAAGUCACCGCAUACCUCUAAGUGAUGGAAACAGCAUUCCCAUCAUCGGACUUGGUACCUACUCAGAACCUAAAUCGACCCCUAAGGGAGCCUGUGCAACAUCAGUGAAGGUUGCUAUUGACACAGGGUACCGACAUAUUGAUGGGGCCUACAUCUACCAAAACGAACACGAAGUUGGGGAGGCCAUCAGGGAGAAGAUAGCAGAAGGAAAGGUGCGGAGGGAAGAUAUCUUCUACUGUGGAAAGCUGUGGGCUACAAAUCAUGUCCCAGAUAUGGUCCGCCCAACCCUGGAGAGGACACUCAGGGUCCUCCAGCUAGAUUAUGUGGAUCUUUACAUCAUUGAAGUACCCAUGGCCUUUAAGCCAGGAGAUGAAAUAUACCCUAGAGAUGAGAAUGGCAAAUGGUUAUAUCACAAGUCAAAUCUGUGUGCCACUUGGGAGGCGAUGGAAGCUUGCAAAGAUGCUGGCUUGGUGAAAUCCCUGGGAGUGUCCAAUUUUAACCGCAGGCAGCUGGAGCUCAUCCUGAACAAGCCAGGACUCAAACACAAGCCGGUCAGCAACCAGGUUGAAUGCCAUCCGUAUUUCACCCAGCCAAAACUCUUGAAAUUUUGCCAACAACAUGACAUUGUCAUUAUUGCAUAUAGCCCUUUGGGGACCAGUAGGAAUCCAACCUGGGUGAAUAUUUCUUCUCCACCUUUGUUAAAGGAUGCACUUCUAAACUCAUUGGGGAAAAGGUACAAUAAGACAGCAGCUCAAAUUGUUUUGCGUUUCAACAUCCAGCGAGGGGUGGUUGUCAUUCCUAAAAGCUUUAAUCUUGAAAGGAUCAAAGAAAAUUUUCAGAUCUUUGACUUUUCUCUCACUGAAGAAGAAAUGAAGGACAUUGAAGCCUUGAAUAAAAAUGUCCGCUUUGUACAAUUGCUCAUGUGGCGCGAUCAUCCUGAAUACCCAUUUCAUGAUGAAUACUGACUGCAGGGAGUUCCUGAACAGAUUUUUCACUCCCAUGAGUGCCAAGACGGUGCGAUGGGUAGUCCCCUGGAUGUGAAAAUGAAGAGGGUUUUACCAUCCUGAGAAGAAAUAAUGAUGGAAAUGUGUUUAAUGUUUGUGUAGUGUAAGUGACUUUGACUUAGUCACAUUGAAGUAAAACUAUUAAAAUCUGUUGAAAUAA